UACGAAAAGAAAUGUCAUAGUUCGUAGUAGAUGGUAUGGGAACCAUGCGCGAAUAAAAAUUAUUUCAAUAGUAAAUUUUGAAUUUUUAGAAGAAAAACCUUCAUGUUUUGUCGGCCUUGUGCUAUCAAAUUCCUUUGGUGUUAUUUCUUUCUCGGAACUAAUUGAUCAAUUAAACGUAAUAAUUUAUUUGUAUGAAAAUUUGAUUGAUACGAAAUCUCAGGCACACGAAAACUCUACAAUGUCGAAAAUACAGUCAAUAAUUGUUUACAUUGUGCUUCUUGCUGCUCUACCUAUAGCCGUGUUUGCUAUAGACCUUAGUCGGUUAUAUGGCCAUGUACAGUCAGUUUCCAAGAGGAGUGAGGCUUGCCAUCCGUACGAACCAUUCAAAUGUCCUGGAGACGGUAAUUGCAUCUCCAUUCAAUAUCUAUGUGAUGGUGCUCCCGACUGUUCAGAUGGUUAUGAUGAAGAUAUGCGACUCUGCACCGCAGCAAAACGACCGCCUGUGGAAGAAACAGCCUCUUUUUUACAAAGCUUGCUAGCAUCUCAUGGACCCAACUAUUUAGAAAAAUUAUUUGGCAGCAAAGCACGAGAUGCAUUGUCUCCAUUGGGUGGCGUUGAGAAGGUUGCCAUAACUUUAAGUGAAUCACAAACCAUUGAGGACUUCGGAGCAGCAUUGCACUUGAUGAGAUCAGAUUUGGAACAUUUGCGAUCUGUUUUCAUGGCUGUUGAAAAUGGUGAUCUUGGUAUGCUUAAGUCCAUUGGUAUCAAGGACUCAGAACUAGGAGAUGUUAAGUUUUUUCUUGAGAAACUAGUUAACACAGGAUUUCUUGAUUGAGUAGCGCUAGAUCAGUAUCCAUCGUUUUAUUAUUCUGUUCCAAUUCAACCCCAAUUUUACUCUUAUUUAGGAUCAUACAUGGAUGGAUAUAACUUUUAAGAACAAACGUUAGUUGUCCUCGGAGAUAUUUUUCUAUCGUUACAGAAAUAAAAAUGACAUACAAUUAGAAAGAUCGAUCAACAGGAAGAAAAGUGAGCAUACUGUUCCCGAACCAAACGAGUAAAAUUUACGAAAACGACCUUUGUAUUAAUAUAUUUGAAAAACUAAUUCGUAAUGCCGAUAACGUGGUUACGAGAAAUGGACUGACACAUGUGUAAUAAUAAGAACCACGAUUUUGCCAUUACACAGAUUAACUUACUAAAUUAUUCACUAUACAACAAAACAAAUUGUAGCUUUGCUUGAUGUGAUUUCAACCCGAAAUAAUAAGUACACUUGAACCUCCAUUCACGAAGUAUUAUUCAAUAAGUUUUCCAUUCAUUCGACUGAUACUAAUAAAGUUCAAAUAACGCAAA